AUGGCUUUUUGGUGGAAGAAAACGCCCAAAACUGCGUCAGAUUACGCGAGGCUUCUUUCGGAGCAACUGAACAAGUUUGAUAACGCCUCUGCGAGCGACAGUCGAAGAAAGGUUCAGGACGAGUGCAGCAAAUACUUGAGUGGGAUCAAACAUUUCUUGUUAGGGGACGUCGAGCCCGAACCCAGCUGCGAAUCUGUCGAUGAACUGUACGAUGCGAUCUACCAACUAGAUAUACUACACGAUCUGCUCGCCAAGAUGCCGGAGCUCGAGUUCGAACCUCGAAAAGACGUAGCACUCAUAUUCGCGACAUGCCUUCGACGUUCGAGGGAUAAUAAGUUUGUGACGGUUGAUUAUCUGGUAACCAAGCCUCAAACAUUGUCUCUAAUGCUACGCACCCCUGAGCUGGCCCUCACAAAACCCAACGCCAGCGAUCUUUUUCUGAAAUCUGGUUCCAUCAUUCUUGAGUGCUUGAAGUACGAGCAGCUAUGCCGCAUGAUGCUUCGGGACCCGCAGCUCUGGGUGUUUUUUGACCUUGCCAGAGGUGGGUCGUUCGAGGUCAGUACCGAGAGCCUUCAGAUUUUGACCAGCUUCUUUACAGUUCAUCAUAAAUUGGUUUCUACAGAAUUUUUCAGCCAUCAAGCCAAUCUCCAAAAACUCAUUGAUAAAAUCAACAAGCUUAUGGCGCACGGAAACUACGUGACCAAGCGGCAAAGUGUCAAGCUUUUGCAUUCACUUAUCAUGAUUAGAAGCUAUAACCAAUUCCUCACAACAUAUAUCAAUUCGCCAGAGAACUUGAAGCUCAUCAUGAUUUUGCUCAGCGACCGCUCCAAAAACCUACAAAUGGGGUCGUUCAAUAUUUUCAAAGUAUUCGUGGCGAACCCCAGGAAAUCAAAACCCGUUUCAGACAUCAUGGUCAAGAACAGAGACAAACUUUUGCAUUACUUGGCAAGUUUCAAUGCCGAUAGUAAAGAUACGACAUUCUUGGAUGAGAAGGAAUAUGUUGUACAAGAAAUUGAAUCGCUACCAAGGCUGGUAUCCCCCAAUAGCGAUCUGACAUUAGGAACAUCGCCUCAAAAUAGAUCUACGAUCGAGUAG